AUGGACGCCGAACUGAAGAAGAACUUUGACAUGGCUGUCAGCUCUGACACGGCCGAAGGUCAGGUCGAUCUCCCGAGUCCUGUUAAAUGCAGACAAGUUCGGAUCAAGACGGACUUGGUUGUCAUGCCUUUAAUCACCAUAUCCAUGACACUGGCAUUCCUCGACAAGAAUGCGUUGGCCUAUGCAGCCAUUUACGGUCUCAAAGAGGACACGAACCUAAAGAAGCAAGACUACAGCUGGCUUGGCAGCAUCUUCUACUUUGGUUACCUCUUCAUGGAAUUCCCCAACCUUUGGAUCAUCUACAAGUUCCCAGCUGGCAAGUACAUGGGGGCCUGCCUCAUGGCGUGGGGAAUCAGUCUUGGUCUGAUGUCCAUCUGCCACAACUUUGCUGGACUGGCAGUUAUCCGAUUUCUCCUUGGAGCUUUCGAGGCUAGCAUUCUUCCUUGUCUCAUCCUGGUCAAUUCAACCUGGUACCGUCGCGAAGAGCAGCCUCUGCGAACUGCAUUCUGGGCGAAUACGUUUGCGGGUGUGUUUGGAGGAAUCCUGAGCUAUGCCAUUGGCCGGAUCAACGGAAGCCUGUCAACUUGGAAGUACAUCUUCAUCAUCUACGGAGCAUUCACUCUGGUUGUUGGAAUCGCGGUCUUCUUCCUACUUCCCAACUCGCCCGCUCAGGCUUGGUUCCUCAACGAUGAGCUCAAGUCAGUGGCUGCACUUCGACUAGCAUCCAACCAAACGGCAACAGAAGCAAGCACAUCCAAGAAACUCCGCUGGGGACAAAUUGGCGAAGCUCUCAAGGACACUAAGUACUGGUGCCUGGCCAUCUUCUUCAUCGCCCAGUCCAUCACAAACGCUGGAAUUACGAAUUUCAAUCCUCUCAUCAUCUCAGGUUAUGGCUUCUCGCAAGCCAAGACUGUUCUGAUGGCGACUCCCCAGGCUGCUGUUGCUAUGGUUGCCCAAGCAUCGAUGACUGCCGUUACACUCUUUGUACCCAACAUGCGUUGCAUUUUCUGGGUCAUCUCUAGUGGCAUAGCCAUGACCGGUGCUAUCAUGGUAAAGACAUUGGAUCCAGUGGCCAACAGAGACGCUUCUCUCGCUGGAGUAUACCUGAUGGGAUUCUACAACGUCUCGUGGGUCAUGGCGCUCAGUCUUCAGUCCUCAAACGUGACGGGCAUGACAAAAAAGAGUUUUGUCUCGAUUUCAGCAGCUUGCUUUUACGCCAUUGGUAACAUUGUCGGACCUCAAUUCUUCCUCGAGAGCCAGCGCCCUCACUACAGCCUCGGUAUCGGUGCAAUGCUGUGCGGUUUCGCAGUCACGAUGAGCACUGGUACUCUGUACUUCAUCAUUUGUGCCAUUGAAAACAAGCGACGCGACCGAAAGAGCGGCGCCGUAGACUCUGAAGGCACCCGAAUCACGGCUGGUCUUGACGCCAUUCGUGAUGACCUCACUGAUAAGGAGAACAAGAACUUUCGAUAUACCUAUUAA